AUGGCCGAUCUAAUCGAAGAGGAUGAAGGGAUUGUCAAUAUCACCCUGCAAUCCGUCGGCCCCUCGCCUCGCACUCGCCUCAGGGUUCCAUCUAAACACAAGGUUAAAGAGUUGAGAACAUUGAUUGCCAAGACUAGUCACUUGCCUCUUGAGAAUAUGACGCUUGUUUUUCGAGGCAAUGUGUUACAUGACAGUGCAAAUGGUGACGAUUUAUAUGUCCAACUCCAUGAAGGAGGAACUGUCAUUGUUGCCAUCAAACCAAAGUUGCCUGCUAAGUCCAUUCAGGACAACUUUGAUGACGACGAUGGGGAAGAUCUUAAAUUCAAACUUCCGGAAUCAACCAAUAGGUGGAAAAGAAGACUUUUUUCCGUCUUACGUGAUAAACUUAGGCUCCAGGAUAUGCUUUUGAUGGCAAUUUUCUCCCUCAGAAUAAAGACAUGGGCAGCCAUUAUAUUAUGGUUUAUACUCGCACCUGUUGCCCAUAGAUUGGGUAUUGGGCCUUUAUAUAUAAUAGGGACUGGCUUUUUUAUCAUUUUCUACAAUCUUGGACAUCGGCAACCUGGUGAUGCAAGUGCAUACUCUGUAUUUAACGAAGAUUUUCGAGAACUUCCUGGAACACUCAAUGCGGAUAGGCUGGAUAGGGACAUUCGACAUGGGCAGUUUUGA